AUGCGGCUUCUAGAAACGACCGACGGCCGCACGUACAACCUAACGAAGGACUUUCUUCGCAAGGAUGAGGUUCCUGCUUACGCUAUACUUUCGCAUACCUGGGACGCAGACCAAGAAGUAACCUUUGACGACAUAGUCGAAGACAACAAAAACAGGUACAGCAAGCUGCGUGCUUCUCUCCGAUUACGACCACGUCCCGGCAAAAAGGGCUAUUACAAGCUUCAAUUCUGUGCAAGGCAAGCGAAGCGUGAUGGGCUGCGCUAUUUCUGGGUGGACACUUGUUGCAUUGACAAGAAGAACCUCGCCGAGCUACAGAAAGCUAUCAAUUCCAUGUUCAGUUGGUACAGAGAUGCAGCUAAGUGCUACGUCUUCUUAUCGGAUGUGUCAAUAGCUGGACGAAAAGAGAAUAGCGAGUCUCCUGCUUGGCAAUUGGCCUUUGCGAAGAGUCGUUGGUUCACUCGAGGCUGGACUCUUCAGGAGCUACUGGCUCCGGCUGUGGUAGAGUUCUUCUCACGAGAAGGCGUGUACUUGGGCGACCGUCUCAAGUUGAAGCAACAAAUCCACGAUAUCACGGAUAUCCCAUCACGUGCUCUGUGUGGAGCUUCCUUGGACGAGUUCGGCAUAGAUGAAAGACUGUCCUGGGCAGUAGAACGCCAGACCACCCGCGAAGAGGAUGAAGUGUACGCACUGCUCGGCAUAUUCGGCGUCAGCCUACCUUUCAUUUAUGACGAAGGAUAUGAUAAAGCUUUAAGGCGACUUCUAGACGAGAUCGCCAAAACUCAUGUG